AUGUUCUGUACUACUUAUGCUAAUUAUACGACCUAUCGACGACCACGACGUAUCAUUCCUAAUAUGCCAGAUGUUGUUUUGCGAAAGAUUUUCGGUUAUUUAAAUUAUAAAGAGCUCGUCCCGCUAGAAGGUGUCUGUCGCCGCUGGCAAACUAUAAUACAUGCGAAAAUGCGAAGAGAGAUUCAUGAGAUUACAAUAGAAAGAUUUGGUUCUUCUUAUCCUUUGGCUUCUCAUAUGAAAGCCUUCCGUCGACUCACAGUUCAAUGUCCUUUAUCUUCUGUGGACUUUUUGACUGGAAUAUUGCGUCGUAGUCGUUUGUCUCUCGCAAGAAUGACGACUGACAUCGAGUAUCUCGCCUUAAUGAAGAAGGUAUCAAUAGCGAAAGAAUCAUAUAGGAAAUACUUUAGUAAUUGCGAAGAUUUAUGGCUUUUGAUAGUCUCCUGCAGCGACGAAACAUUAAAAAAUUAUUUGGAAGUUGAGGACUCCUUAUUCACUGAACUACAUACCAUCACUAUACAAGUUCACAUAAAUAAGAGAGAUUAUACUAAUGUUUCCAAAGUUAUUGCAUCCUUUUACGACCGAUACCCUAAAGCUGUCAUCGACUUAGAACUACAUUCGCCAACGAGUAAACUGAUCUACGAACAAAUACGUCAUCUACCACCUAUACCAUUAAAUAAAAUUAAAAUUAUUUGUACAGAAUUCGACUUGCCACAAUUACGAUUAGACGAACUCUAUAAUGCCCUUAAAGAAACAUCAGUUAUGCCGAAGAACGUAUCAAUAAGAGACUGGUCCUUAUACUCAGAUGGGAAUUCACCUGUCUCUCAUCUACCCCUAGAUACGUACAGAAUAAGUUGUUGUAGAAUAGAAACUGUAGAUAAUCUAGUUAAAAGCCUUCAUAUGACUUCUGAACAAGAACGUCCAAAAGUUAAGAAGAAGGUCGUCAAAAGAAAAAAACAACCAGUAGAAAGCCCAUCAGAAGAGGAAGAGAAACCGAAAAAGAAAUUAGUGAAGAAAAUCAAAAAGAAAAAACCAUUGCCAUACAUAAAGAAAUUCGAAAUAGCAGGUCAAUGCACACUAUCAGGAUUACAGUUUCUAGAAAAGAAAGCUCAUAUGGAAUUAGAAAAGCGCUUAGUAUUAACAAUACCAGAGAUGAUAGUCGAUUGCUCUGAAAUAUAUUAUUGUUUUUAA